AUGAGGGAGUGUGGAAAGUGCAAAUCUAAUGAAUAUACAAAUAAAAACCUUGUUAUGAUGGUAAAUGAAUGCGGACAUCCUCUCUGCAAAAAUUGUGUCGAAAAUCUUUUCUCACGAAAUGCGGGUCCUUGUCACGUCUGCGGAAAAACGUUACGUCGAAACAAUUUUUGGGAACAGGUGUUCGACGACCCUUUGAUUGAGAAAGAAACUCAUAUUCGGCGACGUCUUAGAAAGGCAAGUUUAUCACAUCAAUAUUUUUUGCUUUUCUCAGCUCCGAUUAUACAAGGUAGCCAGGAACUAAGGUGA